UGAGCCCGGCUGAGCUUGCCGUGAGCCGAGCGGCCCAGCGCCCCCAGCACCGCCUGCGCCCGCGCCCAGCCCAGAGCUCUCCGCCCUACUGCGCCGCGAGGACCGCAGCGAGCCCCGCCGUGGAGCGCCGCGUCGCGUCGGCCACCGGGAGUGAAGUGAGGUUAGAGGGCACCCGGGCCGUGCCCAGGGGCGCAGUGCACUGCUGUGGGCGGCGUCGAGCGUGAGGGAAACAGAGUGAACGUGGUAGCAGUAACCCACUCCCCCCCUUCCACGUUGGACUUACUGGACUUACCAUUUCACCAUCCUCGUCGUCUGCUCUGCUCCAUCGCCGAGUGUAUUGUGCACGACUGGCGCCCUCACCAUGCUUCUACUUCUCCUGCUCCUGUUCCGCAUGCUGCUGACGGCCGCCAUGGCCGAGGAGGACGCCAGUGAGGCCGCCAAAUAUCAGCAGCGCCAACCGCGUGCACUGCGUCUCCAGAACUUCAUGGACAACCGUAUUGAGCGAUUUGCAGAUUACGCCAACGACGACGACCCGCUGGACUCUGACUUCGACUCAGAUUUCGACGAGGAUGACGACGUCGACGACGAAAACAACGACGACAAGCCCCGCCGCCCCGCCAGCCAGCGCGUUGCCUAGCUCCGACUGCAGCUCUCCGUUCGGAGGUCCCUAGUAGCAGCUAGUUUACGAACCUUCUUUUUUUGGACGUUAUGGUGUAGUGGUGUCCUCGCGAAGCGCGGGAGUACGGUGUGGUGCUGCCAGAAGCUGGCAGCGGGGAUGAGGUCAUGGUGCUGCGAGCACCACCAGGACUGUGUCCAGGACCUGGCCGACGUGAGAGCCCAUGGACAGCCAUGUGCUGCGGGUGCGAACGCGCGCCCAGGGUGGCGCCCCCGCCCGCAGUAGGCUACGACCCCUCGCCGUGUACAAGCCCAGCUUCAGCCUCAACAACAACAACCAGUGCUACCACCAGGGCGACGACGAGACACAGGCGCUGCUGGGCGCUCCUAGGGCGUCCCCCACAAGGUGCUUGCAGCAGCGCGCCCAGCCGCCGCCCCCGGUGCCCGCGCGGUGCCGCCGCGACGUGGCGCCCUCUGUCGACUGGGACGACAAGCUCGACGGCCAGCACCGGCCGCUGCGGGACUCGCCGCCCUGGGACGGGGAUAGCGCCGAGAGCAACUGCUGCUGUGGCGCCGUGGCGCUGCCCUGGGCGAGGGCCCCGCCGGCCCCGGCAGCCCCGCCGGCCCCACCACCGCCCGUCGCCAGGGCUAUGAAUACGCACGGUAUCUUUAGCCACGGACCCGAGCCGGCCGUCGCCGCUGGCGAGCCGCCCCGCACACUGCCGCCGCCGCCGCUGCACCCGCGGCUGCAACCGCCCCGUACGCCCAGCCGUGGACCCGCGGCCGCGGGCCCGGUGGGCCAAGGGAGCCAGGGCUCGGGGCGCGAGGACGCCGCAGUACACCGCGGCGCGCCGCUCGACCCGCCAUGGACGGGCUCGGGCAGGGAGAUGGUCUCCACCGCCUCGGCCGCUGUGGACGGCGGCGGCGUGGUGGUUGAACGCAGUGUCCCGGAUGACAACGAGGAUGGAGUCGUGAGGAGGAUGCUGCUGGAGGCGUCCGCCGCCCCUCCCCGCCUGCGCAAGGAGCUGCUACCCCCGCUGCCGCCUCUCGCGUCCGCGCCGCUCAGGCGCCGCAUCCUGGUGCGCACCAAGCCCGACAUCCCCUCCCGGCUGUGCUCUGCCGACGCGCCGCUCCCCGCCGGCCACAUGGACAGGUUCAACAAGUUUCGCUUCGGCGGGCGCGUGGGUGACAAGCAGGAGGGCGCGCAGGGCCAGGGCGCUCCCGGGGGCGCGGCGCGCGGCAACGGCCGGACCCGCACCAGCGACAAGACGGAGAGACUCCGCGAGCUGACGGAGAGGCUCAAGGGCGGCUCUGGGGGGUCUGAGCAGCGUGCGGCCGCGCCCCCUUCCCCCUCCCCCUCCCCCAGCCCCAGCCCGACGCCCGGCGCGGCCAGUGCGCCGCAGACGCUAGCCGCGGCCGCGGCGCCAGACAGUCCAGAAGACGCCGACCUGUUCGACUUGCGCCUCGCGCGCCCCGAGUCGCGAGCCAUCGUGGGCUCUUACAUCCAGCGCACCAUCCCGUUCCGGAGCGCCUCCUUCUCGCAAGUCGACUUCUCGGACGGCAAGUACUUUCGGCACUCGCCGCGGGCCACGUGGCUCAAGCCGCUGUCGGCGGCGGCGACGCUGCCGCGUAAGAGGACCGAUGAGCUGAGCAGUCAUCCUUCGCCCACUCCGACCGCCCACUUGAUCGUCGUGGAGCCCAACGAGAGCCACGGCUCUACGCCGUCCGUGGACUCGGCCGUGGAGUCUGCUGUGGACUCGGCUGUCGGCUCUGACGAGGGCUGCUGCUUCGACUCUCCCGUGGUCACCGCCAAGGUGCCGGGCUCGACGAGGUCCAUGACGCACCCGCUGGCGAGCAGACAGGCCAGGAUUGAGACUAGACCGCACGAUGGCGGCGCAUUUCUGUCCGUGGACGGACUGCGUCACCUUGUCCAGGAAGGUGACGAUGUUCUGUCGCAUACUCUGGCCGUGGACACCAACAGGCUCACGAACAGCACCUCCAGUCUGUCGGAUGUAGAGGCGCCGGCGACCUCCCCGUCAGUGGCCUCAGAAGACCGCGGGGACCAGACUGAAGGCAAUCUGAGCCCAUCGCCGACACCGACACCAACUCCUCUACUUCCACCGCCGACUGAACAGGGAGACAUCAAGCCACUCGAUAAUCCCGUGUCGUACGAGGUUUUUGUCAGACAGUUUCCCAACUACAAGGAGUACGAAAAGUGGAUGAACGAGAGUGUCCUGCUUCAGAACGGAGAAGACGUAGGUGACCACCACGAGUGGCGAGAGCAAAUUGACGCCGAGUUUGGCGAGCACCCUCACAUACCUGAGAAACAGUCAAAGCAGGUAACGGCUGACAGCGGCGAACCCCAGUUGCAGCACGAUGACACCAAAGAAAAGACGGAGCAGCAUCUCGCAGAUCAAGCAAACCAGACGGUGGGUGCCGUGCUCGAGCAUGACGACCGCUGCAUCAAUAACUUCGACCCGUCAACGUGCCCCAAGUGUCUGGAGCAGAUGGAGACGGGUCCGUCCAUCCUGCAAAAACUCAAGGCGAGUUUCCACAUGGAGGACCUGGAGUUGGAGCCGCACGAGAAGGAGCUAUUCAGCCGACACAGUGACCUGCUGCUGCGCAAGUGGGCCCCACCCACGGCGUCCCCCAGCAAGACCAAGCACUCCUUCGAGCGAUCCAAGUCUGAGCCCAAGGAAACCCUAAAAGAGGACGCCAAGCCGGCCGCGAGCGCGCCACUGGUGCUGGACCCGUCAGUGGUGCCAUUUCACCGCACCAAGUCCACCGACGAGCCGGAGAGAGGCAGUGGGGGCGCGGUUAGUACCGUAGAACCGCCCAGGAUCUCGCUACCGGACGACAUGAAGGACGCUACGUCUAGGGCUCCACCGUCGCACCAGGACAUGGACGAGCUGCGGCGGCGGCGCCCCAAAGACGAGCCACGGCGGUGGCUGGAGCGGCCCAAGCUCAUCUGCCAGAGCUCGGACGAGCGCGAUGACGAGAGCUCGGCAGGCUCGGCGACCCCGUCGCGCCCAAGGUUCCCGAUGAUCGGCAGGUCCGACUCGCUGUCCGAGGGCGAGAGCGACCAGGGCGACCGCAGGCCGAGCACACCGAGCAGGGCGUCGCCGUCGCUGUACUCGCACCUCGAUCUGUCCGACUCGGAGGGCCGCGGUGGCUCCGCCGCACCCACGCAGCCCGGGGGCUCCGGGUCGCGCAGCCCCCACACCCCGCGGCGCUACUCGAAGCGCCCGCUCCGCGGCCCUUACGGGCAGAUGCUCGAGGCGGAGAUGAAAAAGCCGGACGCCAACCGAAAGCUGUCGCAGUACACGGAGGACCUCAAGUUCCUCGAGGCUUUCCCCACCAAGCAGGGGUCCUCGCAAUCUCUGGUCGUGUCCUCGUCGUCGCCGCCUACAGCGUCGGGUUCCGCGGAGCUGACGCGGUCCGUGUCCUCAGGGGAGCAGCGUCAGGCGGCUGCCCCCAGGAGCAGGCACCAGGGCGCCGGCGGCCAUUCCAUGGACGACUCGCAGCUGCGCGCCACCGCCCUGCCGUCCCCGUUGGCGGCUGCCCCCGGCGGCGCCCCUAAAAGGAAGGUGUCGGCCGUGGACCUGCCCUUCGCGUCGCUGCACCCGGGGGUGGGCGGCGGGUGCGGCGCGGGGCCGGGCAGCGGCGGCCUGCCGGUGUGUCACCAGCGGACCACGUCCAGCCCCUCGCAGCUUGAGGGCAUUGCCCUGCGCGCCGACAUGGAGGCCUUCAGGAGGUCCGGCGUCCACACCUCCCCGCCGCACAGCCUAAAGGAAGCCGCGGCCAAAGAGGACGCCGCCAAGAGAAAUUGGAAGGACACGAGAACUCACGUUGUGGUAGAGUUGUACGAGACGGAGCGGUCAUAUGUCGAGUCCUUGGAGUUCCUCGUCAAGGAGUACAUGCAGCCGCUGAAGAAACCAGAAAAUGCGGGGAUGGUCGACUCGGAGCUGGUUGAACAGAUUUUCUAUCAGGUCCCUGCCAUCCUUGCUCUCCACCAAGAGUUCCUUGACGAUCUCCAAAAACGGCUCGAGAAUUGGGACUUCCAGCAGAAAGUGGGCGACGUCCUCCUUAACGCGUUCACGAAACGUUCCGUCAUCGAGACGUACACCGCCUUCAUCAAUAACUGGAAGACGGCCAAGGAAGCCAUCAAGAGCACGUGCCAGGCCAAACCGGCCUUUGCCAGAUACCUAGAGGCGAUGGCACGUGAGCACAAGGGGAAGCUGGACAUCGACUCGCUGCUCAUUAAGCUUGUGCAGCGAAUACCUGGAUAUGAACUGCUCAUUCAA